AUGGCUGCCGUCGCGACGGGGACGACAAGCCUCACCCACCUCCGCGGCAUCGCGCUGACGCUGCCCUGGCUCCUGGCCCUCCUCAUCGCCGACGUCGCCCUCUCGGCCGUUUUGCCGCUGAGCCUGCUUGGCCCGCGCCUGGUCUACGACGCCUCGUCCCGCAUCGCUGCCGUCAUCUGGGCAUGGAUCCAGCUCAUCUUCGUGAGCCUCAAUGGCGCUGAUAUCGGCCACUCCGGCGAUGAACUGCCCCCGGGUGAGUCGGCGAUCGUCGUGGCCAACCAUGUCGCGUGGUCCGACUUCUACAUGAUUCAAGCGCUCGCCAUACGCGCGGGCAUGCUUGGUCGCUGCCGCUACUUCGCCAAGGUCCAGCUGCGGCUGGUUCCCUUCCUCGGCUGGGGCCUCUGGGCCAUGGGUAUGCCCAUGGUGAGCCGGAACUGGCUGAGGGACAGGGCUGAGCUCGACCGUGUCUUCUCCGGCAUUGUGCGCGAUGGGUAUCCCACGUGGCUCAUAAGCUUCAGCGAGGCAACGCGCUUCACCAAGAAAAAGUACGCCGAGUCGGUGGCCUGGUGUAAAAAGAAUGACAAGCCGCAGCCGAGGCAUCUGCUCUACCCGCGCACCAAGGGCUUCAUCACCACUGUUCAGCACCUCCGCAAAGCGGCGCAUGUGAAGGCCGUCUAUGACUUCACCGUCGCCUAUCGUCGACAAGGGGGUGAAUUCCAGGAGGCGCCUUCCAUGUGGCAGACGCUGAGCGUUCCCGGCCUGAGCAGCCGCUGCGGUUACGAGUUCCACGUGCACGCGCGGCGAUUCCCCAUUGAUUCUCUACCCAAGACUGACGAAGGGCUGGCGCAAUGGCUCGAGUCUCGAUGGGUUCAAAAGGGUGAAUGGCUAGAGUCUGCCAGGCAAAGCUGGCCAGCAGAAGGUGCUGCGGGAAGCCGCUCAACCUGA